AUGCAGGGCCAGGACGGCAGCCGCAGCCCAGCCCCCGCGGCAGCCGCCCGCUCCUCCCCGGGCGGCGACGACGAGCCCGGCGCUGGCCGCUGCUGCGACGGCGCACCGGGGCGCGCCGAGGCUGUUGACGACGGCGACCCCUGGACGGCCCUGGACAAGCUGAUCGAGAUCGGGGGGCAUCCGCCUCCAGCCCAGCAAGCAGACGAUGGCCUCUUGGAUCUGGAGAAGGGCCUGCGGAUCUCGUCUCGGCAAGCGAAGCGGCAGCCGCCCCGGACCCGAGCGCCACUGCCGCCUCCGCAGGUGGAUGCAACAGCAGAGUCGAGCGCCGUGGCGCCGCAAGGCAGGUCAGGAUCGCCGCGCCCGCGCCCGGCCCCAGCAAGCUGCCCGCUCCGCCGGCCCCUGGCGCACCUCCCCGCGGGCCGCCCGGCCGCCCCGCUGCCGCCUGGGGCGAGGCCUGCCCCGAGGGGCCCGGCGACACGCGGCCGCCGCCCCCGCCCCCGAGGCCCCUGGCGGCCGGGGCGGCGGGGGCCAAGCUGCCAGCGGCCCCGGAGUGAGGGGGCCACCCGGGGGAGCCUCGGCGCAAGGGGAACGUCGGGCGUUACGUAA